AUGUUGGUCGCGCAACGAUGGGGUUUGGCGCUGGGCCAGGCCAAAGGUAAUAAUCAUGGAGGAGCUUUUGGAAGCGAUUCGCAAUCCCUUCUUCAUUGUUUAUGUGUCGGUUUUGCUGUCUUUUUGCGUGGUGAGCGGAAGUCAACUUGCGACAAGGUCGAAUUGGAAUUUCAAGCAUUUCGCCUUCAACAGUAUGAGCUCAACGGCAACGUCAUAGGAAGUAAACAUUUUCGAGUGCAGUAUGAGGCCGUGUCGCUUAAUUCGAAAGCGCUCAGAAGAUGCGUGGUUGUAUCAUGGCGCGAUCUAACUGGUCGGAACCUCGAUGAAUUAAUGGAGACUACUGUGGGUGCUCUGCUAAUUAUAAUUCCAUCAGACCUGGAUGCUUUGUCACCUGCCGACAAGACGCUCUUCAUGGAGCUUGAGCAAAAACUUGCAACGGCACGCACUGAUCUUGCCGUGUACGUUUCGCAUUCAUCUCCCGAAGCGAACACCAUCCUAAGUGAUGUGCAAUCCGCCUCCGGUGUCAGUAAGUCAGCAACUCAGCAGUUGAUCAAUUCCAUAGCGGCAAACACUUUCCAGGGCCGUCUGAGCAGCAGUGAACGCUCCGCUCCUACCAUUGCUUUUGUUGCUCACUACGAUUCUCAUGCUGUGUUCCCCGCACAUGAUAACCGACUUGAGCUGGCAAUAUGUGUUGAGGCAGUUGGAAGUACAGGGCCAUUGUGGAUGCAUGCUUCGAAACAGCCUGCUGAUGGGUCUGCGGCA